AUGGCCGCAGCCGGCUUCCAUAAGGAAAAAGGUCAGAAAGAGAGGAGAAAGCGAGGAAACAGGCGAGAAGGCGCGAAAGUGAGGAAAAGGGCGAGAAAGCGAGGAAAAGGGCGCAAAAGCGAGGAAAAGUGCGAAAAAGCGGGGAAAAAGGCGAGGAAAAAGGCGAGGAAAAAGGCGAGAAAAAAGGCUAGGAAAAAGGCGAGAAAAAAGGCGAGGAAAAAGGCGAGAAAAAAGGCGAGGAAAAAGGCGAGAAAAAUGGCGAGAAAAAUGGCUAGAAGGCGAGGAAAAAGGCGAGAAGGCGCGAAAGUGAGGAAAAGGGCGAGAAAGCGAGGAAAAGGGCGCAAAAGCGAGGAAAAGUGCGAAAAAGCGGGGAAAAAGGCGAGGAAAAAGGCGAGGAAAAAGGCGAGAAAAAAGGCUAGGAAAAAGGCGAGAAAAAAGGCGAGGAAAAAGGCGAGGAAAAAGGCGAGGAAAAAGGCGAGGAAAAAUGCGAGAAAAAUGGCGAGAAAAAUGGCUAGAAGGCGAGGAAAAAGGCGAGAAGGCUAG